AUGGGCGAGCUGGGCAGCGACUAUUGCUCAGAUGCCAGCAGCGGGGAGCACAGUGGCUGCAGCCAUAAAAAGGAAGCGCUGGCCCUGUCUCUCGGCCCCCUCUGCCCUGUCCCCUCUCGAUGCUUCCUGUUGACAGGCGGGGAUGCUCAGGGCCGGCUGCAGGCCUUCCAGGCCAUCAGCAUCAGUAAGGCCAUCAACACCCAGGAGGCCCCUGUGAAGGAGAAGCAUGCCCGGCGCAUCAUUCUGGGCACUCACCAUGAAAAGGGGGCCUUCACCUUCUGGUCCUAUGCUAUCGGCCUGCCGCUUCCCAGCAGCUCCAUCCUCAGCUGGAAAUUCUGCCAUGUCCUCCACAAGGUUCUUCGAGAUGGGCACCCCAACGUCCUGCAUGACUGCCAGCGGUACCGGAGCAACAUCCGGGAGAUUGGGGAGCUAUGGGGCCAUUUGCACGAUCGGUACGGACAGCUGGUCAAUGUUUACACCAAACUCCUGCUGACCAAGAUCUCCUUCCACCUCAAGCACCCCCAGUUUCCUGCGGGCCUCGAGGUGACAGACGAGGUGCUGGAGAAGGCAGCUGGGACUGACAUCAACGACAUCUUCCAGCUCACUGUGGAGAUGUUCGAUUACAUGGACUGUGAGCUGAAACUGUCUGAAUCAGUUUUUACAAGGAAAAACACAGCCAUCGCCGUGUCCCAGAUGUCUUCAGGCCAGUGCCGCCUGGCCCCCCUCAUCCAGGUCAUCCAGGAUUGCAGCCACCUCUACCACUACACGGUCAAGCUCAUGUUCAGGCUGCACUCUUGUCUCCCAGCAGACACCCUGCAAGGCCACAGGGACCGGUUCCACGAGCAAUUUCACAGCCUCAGGAACUUCUUCCGCAGAGCGUCUGACAUGCUCUACUUCAAGCGCCUCAUCCAGAUCCCCCGACUGCCCGAGGGACCCCCCAACUUCCUGCGGGCCUCGGCGCUGGCUGAGCACAUCAAGCCAGUGGUGGUGAUCCCCGAGGAGGCUCCCGAGGACGAGGAGCCCGAGAACCUCAUUGAGAUCAGCACGGGCCCCCCCGCCGCGGAGCCAGCGGUGGUGGCCGACCUUUUUGACCAGACGUUUGGACCCCCCAAUGGCUCCAUGAAGGAUGACAGGGACCUCCAGAUCGAGACCUUGAAGAGAGAGGUGGAGACGCUCCGGGCUGAGCUGGAGAAGAUCAGGCUGGAGGCCCAGCGGUACAUCUCCCAGCUGAAGGGCCAGGUGAACACGCUGGAGGCCGAGCUGGAGGAGCAGCGGAAGCAGAAGCAGAAGGCGCUGGUGGACAACGAGCAGCUCCGCCACGAGCUGGCCCAGCUGCGGGCGGCCCAGCUGGAGGGCGAGCGGAACCAGGGCCUGCGCGAAGAGGCCGAGAAGAAGGCCAGUGUCACGGAGGCGCGCUACACCAAACUGAAGGAGCAGCACAGCAAGCUCAUCGCCACACACGCCGAGCUGCUCAGGAAGAACGCAGACACGGCCAAGCAGCUGACGGCCAAGCAGCAGAACCAGGAGGAGGUGGCGCGAGUGAAGGAGCAGUUGGUGUUCCAGAUGGAGCAGGUGAAGCGGGAGUCCGAGAUGAAGCUGGAGGAGAAGAGUGACCAGUUAGAGAAGCUCAGGAGGGAGCUGGAGGCCAAGUCUGGGGAGCUGGUGCGCGUGCAGCAGGACCUGAGCCGCACGGAGCAGAGCGGGUCGGAGCUGAGUUCACGGCUGGAUGUGCUGAGUGCAGAGAAGGAGGCGCUGAGCAGUGCUGUGCGGCAGCAGGAGGCCGACCUGCAGGCCGCCCAGAGCCUGGUGCAGGAGAAGGAGGCAGCGCUCAGCCAGGAGCAGCAGCGCCAUUCCCAAGAGAGGGCCGAGCUGCAGGGGCGGCUGACAGACAAGGAGUCUCGGGAGCAGGGGCUGCAGCAGAGGCUCCUGGACGAGCAGUUCGAGGUGCUGCGGCGCUCUGCCGCCGAGGCCGAGCGCAUCCUGCAGGACGCCGUGGGCAAGCUGGACGACCCCCUGCACCUGCGCUGCACCAGCUCCCCGGACUACCUAGUGAGCAGGGCCCAGGUGGCCCUGGACGCCGUGAGCGCCCUGGAGACGGGCCACACACAGUACCUGACCUCCAGAUCAGAUGCUUCUGCCCUGGUGGCAGCCCUGACCCAGUUCUCCCACCUGGCUGCGGACACCAUCAUCAAUGGCAGUGCCACCUCUCACCUGGCCCCCACCGACCCUGCCGACCGCCUGAUCGACGCCUGCCGGGACUGUGGGGCCCGGGCGCUGGAGCUCGUGGGGCAGCUGCAGGAUCAGCAGGCUGUGCAGCAGGCCCAGCCCGACCGGGUGCGGAGCCCCCUGCAGGCCAUCCUCCAGCUGGGCCAGGAGCUGAAGCCCAAGAGCCUGGACGUGCGUCAGGAGGAGCUGGGGGCCCUGGUGGACAAGGAGAUGGCAGCCACGUCCUCGGCCAUCGAGGAGGCCGUGCGGAGGAUCGAGGACAUGAUGAACCAGGCCCGCCACGCCAGCUCAGGGGUGAAACUGGAGGUGAAUGAGAGGAUCCUCAAGUCCUGCACAGACCUCAUGAAGGCCAUCCGGCUCCUGGUGACCACAUCCACCAGCCUGCAGAAGGAGAUUGUGGAGAGCGGCAGGGGGGCAGCCACGCGGCAGGAAUUUUACGCCAAGAACUCCAGGUGGACUGAAGGCCUCAUCUCCGCCUCCAAGGCCGUUGGCUGGGGAGCCACGCAGCUGGUGGAGUCGGCUGACAAGGUGGUGCUUCACACGGGCAAGUACGAAGAGCUCAUCGUCUGCUCCCACGAGAUUGCGGCCAGCACAGCCCAGCUGGUGGCGGCCUCCAAGGUGAGGCUCCUUGCCCAGCCCGGCCUCUGCUCAGGUUCCCCACCUCCUGGCUGCGCUGGAUACACCGCAUGCGGCCGGGAGACACUUACCCCGUCUCUGGUCACAGACACCAUGGACUUCUCUGGCAUGUCCCUCAUCAAGCUGAAGAAGCAGGAGAUGGAGACCCAGGUGCGGGUCCUGGAGCUGGAGAAGACGCUGGAGGCGGAGCGCGUGCGGCUGGGGGAGCUUCGGAAGCAGCACUACGCACUGGCCGUGGGGGUGGGGACGCCUGCAGAGGAGGAGCCCGGCCCGCCCAGCGCUGCCCCCCACAGCGGGACCUCCAGGAAGCCACCCCUGGCCCAGAAGCCCAGUGUGGCCCCCAGGCAGGACCACCAGCAGGACAAAAAGGAUGGCGUCUGCCCUGCUCAACUCAUGAACUCCUAGGCUCUGAGGGGUCCAGCGGGAGCCUGGCAGGCGGCCUGGGCCUCACGUGGCCACCGUGACUCGGCUAAGGAGGCAUUGAGGGGCGCUGCGCGCACACCAGGUGGCGGGCCUGCCCACGGCCUGGAUCAGUGUCCGUGAGGCCCAGCCCUUGCUGAGCCCCUGGAUCUGGGCCGAGCGGGGCUGACGGGGCAGUUCUCCUGGAUGUGAGUUACCUACCUGCCCCGGGACCGAGAGCAUCCAGGCUCAGCAGGCUGGCGCCACGGUUCAGGAAAUACACAGACAUUUGUAUGUUCCCAGCUAGAGCUUUUCCUUGUGAGUUUGUACUCGGCGCGCUGGGAGCAGGGCCAUGGGGGUGGGGUGGGCAGGGCCUCUCCUGCCUCUUGGACUCGAGGUCUGAGGUGAGAGGUGAGCAGAACACAGUGCUGGCUGUCGGGACUGCGUGAGUCUCCCUGGGUUUUGGUCUCUGGGACACUGAUUCCAUGGAGAUGGGACUGAGGCAAAGCACGUCUGGGACAGCGCCCUUUCUCCUCGGGCCUCGCUCUCCGGCACCAGUGAUGGGGGUGCUGAGGAGGACGUGGUCGGCGGGGAGAGGCGGGCCGGGUUCUGCCGUGGGCCAGGCAGGGCUGACAGCCCCAUGCCUGCUGGGCAAGGUGCUGCCCACGCUCCUGGAGUCUGUUCCCGCUGAAAUCCGGUGGCCGCCCGCUUCCUGUUUUUCAUUCCUAUCUGGCUGCCCCUGCCCUGGAGGCCCAGCUCUGGGCUCUCCCCACUGCCCACCUCCACCUCCCGGGCCACGAGGUUUCCAGCUCAGCCAGGAAGAGCCCAGAACCAUCGCCCUGCUGCUAUCCUCCGGACCAAGGGAGCCUCAUGCUCCACAGAAGAGGGGAGCCCCACUCCGCCCGGUGCUGAAGCCCAGCGUGGCCGCCCUGCCCACGGAAGGAGGACUCGAAAGGACUGCAUUGCUGCGACCCCCUUGGGGAGUGGUGGGGUGGGGUGGGGCCCUGGCUGGGGGGAAGGGACCGGCCCUGCGAGGACCACCCGCUGUGUCCAGUACCCACUGUGUCGGGAUGAGCACAAGGAUCCAGUUCUGGGCUUAGAGUUCAGUGUUUCCUUGGAUUGGGGUCCAAUUGGCAAUAAAAUGCACUUUGACUGUG